AUGUUCACAAACUCUUUCAUUUCGCUUCUCGUACAAACGCAGUACGACAUGUUCCCUGCUAUGUCACCCCUGCCUCCCACCCACUCGACUUCAGCGCAGGCUGCAACUCAGUUUGAUCAUCGGCUUGUUGCAGCUAAACUACCAGAAUAUAGGAAAGUCGACGAUACCCGACACCCCUCUAGACAACAGACUGCCGCACCACAGGAUAAUCCCUCGUCUGAUUCUUCUGACGUCGAUUCACUCCCAGACGUGCAUUGGUUCAAGGCGUUCUUCUGCUAUUACUCGUGCUGGUCUCAUGGGAGACUGAGGAUGCCUCCUCGAUGGCGCUUGGAGCGUGUUGAGCCUCGCUAG